AGCGCGCGCACUUGGCCGUUGUUGAAGGAAACUGACGGUGGGAUUCCGACUUUCGUAUCGCGUGUGCACCGUUGAAACUUAUAGAAUUUGCGCGCGCGGCCGAGGAAACAGUGCCUACAGUGUUUAAAGGUUGACGAUGGCGGAUACCAGCGUCGCAGAAAACCAUGAAGAAGAACUGGAAGAUGACGACGAAGAAGGAGGUUUCCGCAUUGACGACAUCUACGUUCCACCGCCGCCGCCAGCAUCAUGCACGUUUGAUCCGACUGGGCCCCGGCUCAUGAUACAGAAGAUUGAGAACAUCAAUUUCAAAUCGUACGCCGGCAAGAGGAUCAUCGGACCGUUUCACAAGAAUUUUACAGCCAUUGUCGGGCCCAACGGGAGUGGCAAGUCGAACGUCAUCGACUCCAUGCUCUUCGUCUUCGGUUACCGGGCGCAAAAGAUUCGGUCCAAGAAAGUUGGCGUCCUCAUCCACAACAGCACAAACCACACGAACCUGGACAGCUGCUCUGUGAACGUCUACUUUCAGAAAAUCGUCGACACGGACGAAAACACCUACGAGGUGGUUCCAAACUCUGAGUUUGUGGUUGGCCGGACGGCUCACCGCGACAACUCGUCCUACUACACUGUCAAUGGAAAGCGCUGCACCUACAAGGAGGCCACGAGAACUCUGCGCUCUUUUGGAAUCGAUCUCGACCACAAUCGAUUCCUGAUUCUUCAGGGAGAAGUGGAGCAGAUUGCUCUGAUGAAGCCAAAGGCACAGACCGAGCACGACCAAGGAAUGCUCGAGUUUCUUGAAGACAUCAUCGGUAGCUCCCGCUACAAGGAGCCCAUCGAGCUGUUGAAUCAGCGCGUUGAGAAGCUUUCUGAAGAGAGAACGGAAAAGCUCAAUCGUGUCAAGCUGGUGGAAAAAGACAUGGACGAGUUGAAGGGGGCACGCGACGAGGCCGUCGAGUUCUUGAAGCUCGAAAACGAAAUCGCCGUGAUUGAGAACCAGCUCUUCCAGUUCUACAGACGGAACGAAAAGAUCCUCGAAGCCGAAGCUGACAAACAAGUCAAAGAAGCCCAGGCGCAGAUGGUCGAGCUAAAGAAAGAGCUUGACACACAGCAGCAAGCUCAGAAGCAGCAACAGGUCGAGCUCAAGAAGGCCCUCAAGGAGUGUGAGAAGAAAGAGAAGGAGGUGGACGCCAAGAAGCAGGAGUACGCUGAACUCGAGCGCCGGGACUUGCAGUGCCGGGAGACUAUCAAGCACACAAAGCAGAAGGGAAAGGAGCUGGAGAAAAAUCUGGAGUCGGCUAAGCAGAAGAUCGCCAAAUCCGAGCUGGACCUCAGCGUCAGCACGCACCAGCGUGAAACAUCGAGGUUGGAGGAGAUCGAGCUCAACCUUGACAAAGUGAACAGCUCUCUAACCGACAAGUCCAACUGCUUGACGAGGCUUGAGAAACUUGUCCCUGAAAAGGAUUCCAAGUUGAAACAGCUGGAAGCCGAACUGGCGCAAGUGAGACAGCAGUACCAGGAAGCUCAAGAGCAGCUUCGGUCCGACCGACAUCGGGUCGAAGAGCUCCGCUCCAACGCCCAAGCCAACAGGUCGCGGUCGCGGGUCCUCGAUUCGCUCCUGCAGGCUAAGAAGUCGGGGCAGCUGCCAGGCGUCAUUGGACGACUGGGUGACCUGGGUGCAAUCGACGAGAAAUAUGACGUGGCAAUAUCAACAGCAUGUGGCCAGCUGGAUUACAUUGUGACAGACACGGUGCUUACGGCCCAGCACUGUGUCGAGUACCUGAAGAAGCACGAUGUCGGAUUUGCCAACUUCAUUGCUCUCGAGAAGAUGGAACGAUGGAUUCCUUAUACUCAGAGGAGGAUAGACACCCCUGAAAACGUGCCCCGCCUGUUUGACCUGGUGUCGGUGAAGGACACCAGCCUGCUGCCGGCAUUUUACUUUGCCUUGCGAGACACUCUGGUGGCCGACGACCUUGACCAGGCCACCCGCAUUGGGCUUCAGGGGAGGACACGUCACCGGGUGGUCACCCUGCAGGGAGAGCUGGUGGACGUGUCCGGCACCAUGAGCGGAGGAGGCGGGCGCGUCUCGCGUGGCAAGAUGGGUCAGGCAAUUGUCGACGACGACAUGAGUGCCGCACAGAUGGAGCAGCUCACGUCUCAGCUGACGGCUCUCGAGAACAAGGCCCGGGACCUUCACGAACGCCAGUCCGUGCUGGACGACAAGAUCAAUGCCCUCCGCAAGGACGUCACGGCCUCCAAGCAUGCCUUGCAGAAGUUCCAGGUGGAAGUCAAGGGCUUGAAACAGCAGCACACCUCACUUACCAGUCAGUUGGCCGAGCAAAAGGAGAAAGUGGCGAAGUCUGCUCCCGACAAGAAGAAACUUGCUCAGCAAGAAAAGGCUGUGGCUGCCUACAAGAAAGAGUAUGACCAGGCAAUGGCAUCAUGGAACAAGGUGGAAGACAAAGUUGUGGAGCUUCACGCGAAAAUCAUGGAAAUCACCGGAAAGUGCAUGGGCUCAGUCCAGCAAAAAGUGGAGAGCGUCACGAAGCAACUAGAUGCCGCCUCGAUGGAAAUCACCAGGGCACAGUCCAGUAUCAAGACAGCUGAGCGGAAUCUAAGCAAAGCCGAGAACAAGGUGACCACGAUUGAGUUGGAGCUCGAGGAUGCCAAGACCCGACUCGAAGCAGCCAAGCUCGAGUACAGCGAGCUGGAGAAAGUGGGAAAGGAGCUGCUUGCUGUCGGCGAAAAGGCUGCAGAGGAGCUGAAAACCCUGAAGCAGAAGCUGGCCGAAGUGCAAGCAGGAAUCGACAGUGGGAAAUCUGCAGAGAAUGCACUGAGUUCGAAGCAGAUUGAGCUCAAGAACCAGCUGGAGCAGAGCGAGGCAGCCCUUCAAGACCGCCAAGCCAAAGUGACGCGCUGGACGAGAGAGCUGAAGAAGCUUAAGUGCCAUUCGAUUGACGGCGAGCCUGAGGUAACGUUACCCGAGCUCGAAGACAAGGAUUUGGAAGAGCUGAAUGGUGAAGCACUCACGAUGAAGUCCACCAUGCUCAAGGAGAAUCUGACCGCCAUGAAGCCGAACAUGGCUGCAAUACAGGAGUAUCGCCGAAAGGAGGAAGCCUACAAGCAGAGGGUUGCUGAGCUGGAAGCGGUGACAGAGAAACGGGCUGAGCAGCGACGUCACCAUGACAACCUGCGCAAGCAGCGCCUGAACGAAUUCAUGCGGGGAUUUGGCAUCAUCAGCAGCAAACUGAAGGAGACGUACCAGAUGCUCACACUGGGCGGCGACGCGGAGCUCGAGCUGGUCGACUCGCUCGACCCCUUCACCGAGGGCAUAGUUUUCAGCGUGCGGCCCCCAAAGAAGUCUUGGAAGAACAUAUCCAACUUGUCGGGAGGUGAGAAAACGCUGAGUUCUCUGGCACUUGUAUUUGCCCUGCAUUAUUACAAGCCAACGCCCUUCUAUGUGAUGGACGAGAUCGACGCUGCGCUGGACAUUAGGAACGUGUCAAUCGUCGGGUACUAUAUCAAGGAACGAACGAGAAACGCGCAGUUCAUCAUCAUAUCGUUGAGGAACAACAUGUUCGAACUGUCCGAUCGCCUGAUCGGCAUUUACAAAGUGCACAACUGCACCAACUCGUGCACCAUCAACCCGCGGCGUCUCAUUGAGGCCGUGGAAGGCGCCGAAGAACAGCCACCACCCGAAGAAGAACCACCCGAAGAAGAACCGCCACUCGAAAACGGUGUCGACGAAGAACAUUAAUGCAUGAUGCAACUCAUAUGAUUGUUUUUUUUUUAAUUCAUGUAUUUUUAACUAUUUCCAUGCUCAUCGAACUCGUCUACAAUCACCCAUAAGCUCUGUGUUAUCAGAACAUAUUUUUAUUCCAUCGUUGCCUGUUUUUAUGUUCAUAUAUCGUAUUUUUAAUUGUGCAACUGCUAACCGAGCCUGUACAAAAGUGAUUGAAUAAAGAAAUGCUUGCUAAUUGAAUACGAAAAAGCAACA